AGAACAUCCUGGAACAUCUGACUGAACAUCGUCUCUCACUGCUGAGCAUCUCCUCUCUCUCUCUCGCCCCUCCUAAGACCGGCUGGACCUCGCCCCGCAGCGAGCGACCUUUCCACCCUCCUGUCUUUUUUAUUUUGGGACCCCCUUUUCCCUCGCAUCCCUCUCGCCCUCGGACCGACGCGUGGAGAUGUCCGUCACCCUGCGGCUCCUCCCUCUGGCGCUGCUGUGCCUGGAUCUGUCCGUUGGCCCGGCGGAGGGACGCAUUUGGGCGUGGAUGCUCUCCAUCCCCUACAGCCCCCCCGAGGACGUGCCCCCUGCCGCCCGGGACACAGCGUCACCCGCCGCCGCCGCCCGGGGAUCGUCGGUGGUUUGUGACCAUGACCGCGCUUGUGGAAGGGGGCUCUCCUGUGACCGCCACUUUGGGCUAUGCGUGCCCCUCAAGCAGGCGGGACAAUACUGCCGACGGGACGCCCAGUGUGUGCGCGGUCUCAGCUGCAUGUUCGGAAAGUGUCACCGCAGUAUUCCCGAAGGACAGGAAGGAGCCAGGUGCAAGGUUGACCGGGACUGCGAGGGCUCGAUGUGCUGUGCUCGACACCACGGCGAACAAGUGUGCAAACGGCGGCUGGCGCGUGGAGAGAGCUGCUUCGUGCCCGACGGCGGCCUGGCAUUCAGCAUCAACCAGAUCUGCCCUUGCGACGAGGGGCUCCUGUGCCGCAGCAGCGCCGAGACGCCCCGCAGAGAGAAGGAGUUCGUAUACCGCCAUGACGCGACGAGUUGGACGUGCCAAACACAACGGCCCUGAAGAGUGCUUCCAAGCCAAUUUAAUUUAAUUUAUUCUGUAAAUGUCGUGUAAAUACGGUAUGAGAGCAUAUAGGUUAUUUUGAUAAAAGAUGAUAUAUUUGUAAAUGGUAAUACAUUAACAUUUGUAAACAACUACUCGGUUAGCUACUGAAAACGAGGCGUUACAGGCUGUUGUUUUAUAAAUGUUGCUAUGUAGGCCAUAGUUGAUAGCGAAUGUAAAGUUUGAAAUAUAUAGAGUAUAUUAUUUGUAUGCAUAUUGUCGUCUGCUUAAUUCACAAUAAAGUUUGGCCUAUUAAGCCUACCUUAUAA